AUGCUACCCACACCCUCAACAUCCCACGUGUGUUUCGACCGCGUCUACGAGCCGGCGGAAGACUCGUUCCUGCUGCUUGACACUAUCUCAUCGUCCUCCGAGGCGGCGUUCCUGCGCGAGCGAUUUCAUGAAGCCUCAAGCACACCACCGUUGAUUCUCGAGGUCGGCGUCGGAUCCGGAGUCGUCCUAGCUUUCGCAGCUGCCAACGCGAGCAGCGUCCUUGGUCGCCAUGAUGUACUGACCCUCGGAACUGACAUCAACAGCUUCGCCUGCAAAGCCGCGUCGCAGACUGUCGAAUCCGCCAUCAAGGACUUCGGUUGUAAGCCUUCCGUGUUCCUCGAUAUAGUGAACUGCGAUCUGGCGUCCGCGGUCCGUUCACACUCCGUCGACGUCUUCAUCUUCAAUCCGCCAUAUGUGCCUGCCGAGCUUCCGGACCUCUCGCGUCACCAGAGCUUCAACACGCUCCCUGCGGGCAAAGAGUCGACCACUUUCGAGCAGGACUCAUAUCUUCUGGAGCUUUCGUACGCUGGUGGCGAAGACGGUAUGGUGGUGGCGAAUCGGAUGUUGGAGCAAAUACCGGAGAUUCUGGAUGAGGAGCGAGGAGUUGCGUAUGUGCUUCUGUGCGCGCAGAACAAGCCGGAGGAAGUUAAGCGCCGGAUUAGGGACUGGGGUCCGGGUUGGAUGGUGGAGACUGUAGGCUCGAGCGGAAAGCAGGCUGGCUGGGAGAAGCUGCAGAUCGUGAGGAUAUGGAAGACUGCAGCAUAG